AUGUUGGCUCUGGCGGUUCUCGGCCUCAUUGGGCUCGUUUCGUGGUCUCAUGCUGCUGAUACAGUAACGGUCACGAAGCAGGUGUACUUUGACAUCAGCAUUGGAGGCAAGCCGGCCGGCCGUAUUGUCAUUGGACUGUUCGGGAAUGCUGUGCCGAAAACCGCCGAAAAUUUCCUCCAACUCGCAACUGGAUCGAAGGGAUACGGCUACAAGGGCAGCAAAUUCCACCGUGUCAUCAAGGACUUCAUGAUUCAAGGAGGAGAUUUCACUCGUGGAGACGGCACCGGUGGCAAGUCGAUCUAUGGUGAACGUUUCGCAGAUGAGAACUUCGAUUUACACCACUACGGUCCCGGCUGGCUUUCAAUGGCCAAUGCUGGCCCUGACACCAAUGGAUCACAGUUCUUCAUUUGCACAGUCAAGACCCCCUGGCUGGAUGGACGUCACGUCGUCUUCGGCAAAGUUCUUGAAGGCAUGAGCGUCGUCCGCAAAAUCGAAAGCACUGAGACUCAUCCUGGAGAUCGUCCAAAAGAGGAUGUGGUCAUCACCGACUCUGGUGAGCUAGCGCUUGCUGCUCCAUUCGAAACCGAAAAGGCCCCUGUCAGCGAAUAG